AUGGAAAGUGAUCAAACUGACAUCAUGCUACUUCAGAAACCUCAAGAGCACGUAAGCUUUAAGAGGCUUUGGCAAUACGAGCAAGGGGAUCCGGAGGUAAGCGCAUCUGUUACUGACGAUGAGACUGUACUCUUGUUUGGGUUGUUUUAUGUAGAUAAGUUCAUGAAUUCAAAUGUUGAAUACAUGAGUAGACUAAUGACCAAGCUGCAAAGCCACGUUGAAGAUUGGAAUGCCCAUUAUCCGUGGUCUGAUUUCAAUGGAAUAGAUUUUCGCCUCAACGAAAUGCAAGAUGGAUCAUACGCGAUCAUGGGACAACUAAUUGUUGAAGAACAUGCUAGAGAAGAAGAGGCUUUAAUCGUCGCGUUACUACAAGAUUUUUCUGUUCAAGCAGGUCCUUAUGCAUUCAUACGCAUUUGCGAUACCGAUGGUGACUUUAUCCUGAUGGAAUGCAAUGAUGCAUUGCCUGAAGAGUACGAAUAUCCACAUGCAAAUAAUCGCCUGUGGCUACAUGAAGGAAGGUUCAAAAUGAUACCCAAGAGCUUUAGAGAUACUCAAGGACUGCGACCAGAAGAAGCGCUGUUAUUUUUGAAGACUAGCUCUUUUAAGCUCACUGAGAUUGAGAAUUUGAGUAUCUCAAUAUCCAAAAAUAUGAUCAACGGCUUUCCAGAAAAGUAUCUGUCAAAUCUGAAAAGACUCCCGUUGACUACAGAAGACGAAAAGUUGUCAAAAGUGCUCAAAGCAAAUCCACAGAUUGGUAGCCUUUUAAUAAGAAAUUUGCUUCGUAAAGACGUCCAAAUACCCAAAGUCACGACAUCAGCAAGCGUUGAAUCGCUGGAACUAUUGGUACCGCAACGUCAUUGUGAUAUGCUUUCCCUUUUUUUACGUGAGGAAGAUGUGCGAGAAGAAGUAAUAUCUCUUCCACUUUACGUCGGAAGAGCCUUGUGUAUCGUUUUGACAAGCUUGUUGCAAUCGGAGGAGAUUUUCCUAAGAGAGAGGGAACCUUUACUGAAGAAAGACACGAAGGAAAGCCAGUUUAGCUCCUUCAAGUUUUCUUAUUUCGAGCCAAAUUUUGAAGCACAACCGGAUGAGGAUGCCAGUGCCAGUGUGAACAUCUUAGAGCAACUCGCAAAGGCCUUCAAAGAAGACACGCAAAGCAAAGGACUCGAUGAAGAUCAACCAGGGGACGAAUAUACCGAUGAAGAGGGGAAGGCGGAUGAGUCCUGCAAAAAGUAUUUUGAAGACGAGAAGAUCGAUAUAGAUGAGGAUGAUUUUUUCGAAUUUUUUAUGAAGGAAGCGCUGAAAAUGGGUAAAGAAAACAUCGAAUCUUUGAAAAGUUCUUUUCUUGAUGAUUUCGGUGCAUAG